AUGUCUCCUAUGAAUGUCACUGAAUUCCAUCCCUCCUCAUUUCUCCUGCUAGGAAUCCCAGGACUGGAAGGUAUACACAUCUGGAUUGCCUUUCCCUUCUGUGUUGUGUAUUUAAUUGCACUGGUGGGGAAUGUCACCAUCUUAUUAGUAAUCAAAACUGAACGAAGUCUCCACCAACCCAUGUUCUACUUCUUAGCCAUGCUGUCAGUGAUUGACUUGGGUUUGUCAACAUCCACCAUUCCUAAGAUGCUGGGCAUUUUCUGGUUCAGCUUGAGGGAAAUAAGUUUUGCUGGUUGUCUCGCCCAGAUGUUCUUCAUUCACAUGUUUACAGGCAUGGAGACAGUACUUUUGGUAGCCAUGGCCUAUGAUCGUUUUGUGGCCAUCUGCAAUCCCCUCCAAUAUACUAUGAUUCUCACCAGCAAAACAAUCAUCAUAUUAGCCUCAGUUGUUGUUGGGAGGAACUUAAUUCUGGUUACCCCAUUUGUAUUUCUCAUUCACCGACUGCCAUUCUGUGGGCAUCAUAUCAUUCCUCACACCUAUUGUGAACACAUGGGCCUUGCUCGAUUGGCCUGUGCAAGCAUCAGGGUCAAUAUCAUUUAUGGGUUGAUGGUGAUUUCUAACAUAAUAGUGGAUGUGAUCCUGAUAGCUACUUCCUACAUGCUCAUCCUCCGUGCUGUCUUUCGGCUCCCUUCUCGUGAUGCCCGGCUCAAGGCUCUCAACACUUGUGGCUCCCAUGUCUGUGUCAUGCUGUGCUUCUACACACCUGCAUUUUUCUCUUUUAUGACCCACCGAUUUGGCCGAAACAUCCCCCGAUACAUUCACAUCCUCUUGGCUAAUCUGUAUGUGGUUGUCCCACCUGCACUCAACCCCAUCAUCUAUGGAGUUAGGACUAGACAAAUCCGGGAGUGUGUUCUGAAGAUCUUUGUUCAGAAAGAGUAA